GACCACAACGUCCUGUACGCCAGGGACGACGACUGGAAGCGGUUGCGCUCCAUAUCCUCGUCCGUCUUCUCCAACGUGAAGCUCAAGAAGGUCUACCCGUUGCUCAUGGAGUGUAUCGACGAUUUUGUGGACGUGUUGCGAGAUUUCGCCAAAAACGGCGAAGACAUCGAUCUGAAGGAACUGAGCGGUAAUCUGUCGAUGGAUGUGAUCGCGAAGUGUGCGUUCGCCACGAGAAUCAACGCCUACACCGACGCGAACAACCCGUUCAUCACGAACGCCAAGAAUAUCUUCCACCCGAAUAUCUUCAAGAUAGGGGCCGGCCUUAUGAUGCCGGAGCGGUGGCUCCAGUUCCUCAACAUUACCUCCAUUUUCGACGAGACCUCCAACGAGUUCUUCUUCAGCAUCAGCCGCGAGUUAGUGAAGAAUCGGAGGAUCCAUAAGAAGGCGUACAAGGAUUUCCUGCAGCUGUUGAUCGACAGCGAGAACACGGACGCCAAACACGAAGACGGCGCUCAAAAUGCAAAUUUGGCUAAAGAGGCGCCAAAUCAGACCGAAUCCAAGACUAAGGCGCGUCUGACGGAGAAUGAGAUCAUAUCGCAGUCGUGGCUAUUCUUGUUGGCCGGCUAUGAGACCGCCUCCACGGCCAUCGCCUUCUGCUUCUACGAGUUGGCCCUCAACCCUGACACCCAGGAAAGGGUGUACGACGAGAUACAGGAAGCCAUGGGACCGGACGGACAGUUCGACUACGACACCCUCUGCGCGCUGCCAUACCUGGAUGCCGUCAUCUCCGAGAGCCUGCGUCUGUACCCGCCGUUCACGCGCGUCGAGCGCGAAGUCAAGUGCGACUACCAGUUGGCCGACACGAACAUCAAGCUAAAGGCCGGAGAUUUGGUGCACAUCUCCAUCUACGCCGUCCACCACAACGAGGAGUACUUCCCGAACGCCAAUCAGUUCAUACCGGAGCGCUUCUUGCCCGAGAAUCGGCACCAAAUCACUCCCUACACGUAUAUACCGUUCGCUGUGGGCCCCAGAAAUUGCGUGGGACUUAGGCUGGCGCUCAUGGAGAUGAAGGUGUCGGUGGCCAACGUGAUCAAC